CGAGGUACUGGCAAUUGGCUCUGCCAUCUCGGCCGCGCGAGACAAGACUAGAGCGCGCUGCUGGCCGCAUAGCUCGCAGCUGUCACCGCCGGUGCAAUUUUUUUGCACCUCAAGCGGCCGCGCGCGGGCAAAUCAGCCGGAGAGCCGGAGGCAUUUGCAACUUUUUGAGGCGCCCGCGGCUGCGCUCGACCGCUGCACACGGCAGCGCACGAGCUGACGCGCGCGACGAAGAUGACGACCGCCGCCGCGCCAACCACAGCAAACGGCGAGCCCGCGCAAGCCAUGGACCUCGACGCCGUCAUGGCCGGCCUCUCGCUCAACAAGGACAACCUCUCCUACGAUUCUAUACUGCGCUUGCAACAGUUACUGGCCGAAGGCAUGAAGCUCCACGACCCGGCACAAGCGGAGUCCAUGCGCGAGAUGCUCAAGAAGAUGCGCGUCAGUCCCGAGCAACAGAAGUUCCAGUUCACUUCUCCUAGACCACCAGAACAAGCCGCGCCGGACACCGCGAGGGGUCGGCCCGUCAACGGCGCGACGUGGAGCCCUUCUCCUUUGGAUGCCAAUGCGGAAAAAGAGGUCGAAAGGCAGUUGUUCGGCGAGGCGAGUCCACCUAGGAGUACAGGGCGUUUUUCAUUGGGAACACCUCCGAGUGAACCAUCAGCAAAGGACAAGCGCCACAAACGCGUGUCGGCGCGACCGUCCAAGUCCAAAACCGCAAAGCCGUUCCCGGCCGCUCCCUUCCACGUCGGCGCGUCUACCAAGCCCAGAGCCGCUCGAACUUUGGAUUUUGAGCAGGCCAUGGACACGGACCUGCCGACCGGUGCCUUCAACAUCGGCGCGCCUGCUGCUCCCAGAAAACCACCUGGCCGGCCGCCUGGGAGGCCGAAGUCUCGGCAGAGCGCCCCUUUCGUGUUUCAGGCGACGAAGCCCGUAGAACAGGCUCCGAUGGAGACCGAGGAGACGACGGGCGUCAAGUUCGAGCUGGGGCCGUCCUCCUCGGAGAAGAAGAAGAAUAGGAGACCGAAACAUGUGAGAAGAGUAGACCAGGACGCUUUAGACGCUUAUGAUGAAGCCGGGAGAUGCUACGAGCGAGGUGAUUAUGAAACAGCAGUGAAGCACUACACUUCCUGUCUCAAUAGUGCACCACAGGGAUGGUCUUUAGCUGCGAAAGCGCUGGGCAACCGAGGAGCGGCCAGAACGAUGCUCGGGCGGCACGACGACGCGCUCAACGACUGCGACGCGGCCGUGGAAUUGGAGCCUGGCUUAGCUAAGGUGCACAACCGGUCUGCGCGCUUGAGAUUAGCACUAGGUCGCAGUGAUGAAGCGAGGCGGAGCUUCGAGCGCGCGCGGAAUGCUUCUACGCAAGCGGUGGAAACGGCGCGGUCGGCCAUGAAGCCGCCGCCGAAAGACGCGCUGGCGGCUUUGGCGACGGCUGAUGCUGGGUUGGUUGAUGUUCAUAGAUAUGAGGACGCUUUACGACGAGCAAAAACGGCCUUGGAUGCGGCGCGGAGUCACACUACUAAGGAAAACGACGAGGAGAACGAGAACCCCGUGCAGCAGGCCGCGAAACGUAGAAGUUCAGCACAAAGGGACGUCGAAGUGGACCGGGCUCUUAGAGCUUCGGAGGACGCGUUGUUGCGAGCGCCGUUGGCGGCGUGCGCUCGAAGGGCAAAAGCGCAAGCCUUAAAAGCGGGCGACCGGUGGCGCGAGUGCGCGGCGUUUUGUGAUGCGACCGCCGCGGCCAUCGGCACGCCCAUAUCCGAAGGUAUGGAUAUGGCUUCUCGUGCUGCGUGCGUCGCGCGAGCUUUAGCGGCGCUCGACGCCGCUUCGGUGGAGGAGGACUCGCUCCCAGAAGUCUGGGUCUGGGCGUUGCGGCGAGACGAGGCGCCCGACGAGGCCUGCGACGCUGCUAGGUCAAGAGCGGACCGCGCCUUGAAAGCUGUUGCGACAGCUUCAACAGAGGGCGCUCCCAGAGGCGCUCGGUUGCGUUGUGACGAAGCUUUGAAUAGGGCCUCGAAAGCUAGACGGGCCAAGACGCGCGCCGACGACGCGUACGCGCGCGGCCACUACCGCGCGGCGGCGGCCAUGUACCGCGACGCUUUACGGUUGGACGCGUUUUCUGAAGUUGCCGGGCUGCGAGCGGCGGUGCACUGCAACGUCGCCGCGUGUGCGUUGGUGUUGGACCGGUGCGGCGAGGCAGUCGAUGCUUGCACGAAAGCAUUGCGGUUACGGCCGGACUAUUUGCGAGCACGACUGCGCCGCGCGCGAGCUCGCGCAAGGGCGGGUGAUUUCCGGGACGCCGUCGGCGACUUCGACCGCUACCUGCGCGGGGCCCGCUCAUCUCGCGCGGCGGAGAAGGACAUCGCCGACGCCGAGCGCGAGCGCGCCGCGGCGAAGCAGGCCAUCGAAACCCAAAAAAAUGAACGCCGCAAGGCGGACGCGCGGCGGCGGCGGCCGUCGGCCGCCGCGCCGCCGCCGCCGCCGCCACGACGGCGCGCCUAUGCGCCGCCGCCGCCGCCGCCGCGCCGGUCGCCCUUCGGCGGCGGCCACGGCCGCGCGAAGCCGCCGCCCUCCUCGUCGUCGGGCGUCGCGCGCGCGGCGUCGUACCACGACGUGCUCGGCGUCGGCCGGGACGCGCGGCCGGCGGCCAUCAAAAAGGCCUACGCAAAACUCGCGCUGCGCUUCCACCCCGACCGGUGCACGUCGCCGGGCGCGACGGCGGCGAUGGCGCGCAUCAACGAGGCCUACGAGCAGGCGAUGCUGCAGGCCAAGGCGCGGUACCGGUAGCUUUAACUUAGAUUAUGAAUGAC